CCCUAACCUGCAAUUCUGCUCAUUCCCACCAACCACUCUUUGCUUGUCACAGUCCACUCUGCCAGCAGACUGUGCCGUGGAGAGUCCAUCGGUCGUUGUUGGCCGUUGCCUAUAUUAUUAUUACUCUUGAACCAGCUCUGCUACCCGAGCCAGUGCCAAUCGCAACCCGAAACGGCGGGUGUCCGCGAUGGGACCACCUGUCAUCCCUUUUCGUGGGACAAAAGGCACACCACCUCACGCGUGCUGGUAGGUUGAAACGGGACGCCUGCCAGGCGAUUGCUCGGGUCCAUCGCUACCUAGAGUCCGGUCCUGCAUACGCCAUUCAGUGAAACCCACUGGUCGUUUCCGAGUGGACGAUAGCACGCAACUGAGAAUCGUGGUCCACGCGAUGAAGGGCGAAGAAGACGGCAGUCACGCAGUGUCCAGUCGGGACCACUACUAUGCUUUCUCGCGUGUGAUAUAAACAACAAAAUGUCUGAGAUAUGGUAAGAAUGGGGAUUCAUCCACCUGUGUCAAUAUGGCCUUGGCCGCACUAUGAUGGUGAUACAGUGAUGCUACUACUACUACUGAAGUUUUGUUGUCCAGAAGUUCGGACUCUCCCACAACCCACAAUGGUCGAAAGUUAAAAGCUGUUUCAACGCGUCCUUGGAUCCUCUACUCGCACCUGCCGAUCGCUGCCUCAGGUGCGAUCACGAUAGCAUGACCCGCUCAGUAUUCAAGAUACCAAGCACACAUCCGAAGAACAAAGCAAUAGAACCACGAUUUCCGGCGUUCAUCUUAGCGGAUCGGGCAGUUUUGGAACCUGAGAGCUCGAAAGACUCCGUCGUACCAUCCGAACCCUGACUAUAUGUCCCCCUCUCAUUUGCAUGGCACUAAUCCGCAUGGCGCUAAUCCCAAAGGCUUCUCCAAGGCACCAAUUGGCACCAAAAUGUUGAUCAGGCAGCCUGGCGCUUCAAGGAAAGUGGUAUUGGGCUACGCCCGUUCAACAUUCAUUUGAACAUUCUCAUCCUCCUGGGAGCAUUUGCAACGAAGACGAACACGGCAGCCCCUCGUUCAAGCACGUGCAUUCAGAUCGAAGGGACUACAUUGCAUUGCCCGGAGACUUGUCAUGGGCUCAACUGACCGAACCUGACUGCCAAUGCUGGCUCUGGAACCACCUUGCAAACCUCGGAUUUUGAAUCCAUUGAUGAUCCAAAUAGCCAGGAUACGUAGCAGCAACGCUGAGUUGAGCGCCGUCGUCUGGUGUUUCUGCUAAAGUGGGAGGCAAGCAUUCGACACAGUACAACUUCUGUCUGGCACAACUGUGCCAGACCGCUGCGAGAUCAUCUGCAAGGUCUAUCAGCACCAGCUGGCCACCUACCCCGGAGGAGAGGACAUGAUCCCUUGCCAACAGGGGAAGAUUAUGGACCAGGGUUUUGUCCGAUGUCGCUUCGAGCAUCGCUAGCAUCACGGCUAUCGUUACUCCAGUUUGGCAAAGCCAAUUUAUCACUCGCGCCAAAUCACAGUCUUAGCACCCUUCGAGCAACAACGUAUCAUCCUACAAAGAGCUUGGUAAGAAAGAGGCCUAGCAUUAUCACGCUGAGCUGCCGGCAACGAGCUAUGCGCAUUUUCGCGCCUCCCGGUCGAGUGGCUUACUCUAGCGCGGCGAAGAUGCAUGCAGUGUAGCAUGCCUACGACGGCAUUAUUGGUAGCGACAUGGUAGUAUCAGUAAACCAGCUAUACUGUCUGCUGGUCACUGUUGGACGCAUUGAAAAGGCCACAGUCGAACAACGUGCCGGGAUUGAGCUACAAGGAUGCUCCUUGACGACCAUGCAAAGGCGUAGUCGGCAUGGCACAGGUCGGCCAGGGCUCGCUCGUCUGGCUCAUAGUCUUGAAGUCACGUCCGCACAAAAGGCCACAGACCAUAUCAACUCGUGUGGGAGUCACUUGCGGCUCAGGCAGAAGGCGAUUUCUGGAUGCCGAAGGGGCUGAAACAACACCUGCUAUCAAGGAUUCCCUGGCGAGAUGAGUUGGUCUGAAGGGCACACGUAGAUUGCGAUGGCAUUCAAUUCACUUUCGGGCUCGGACGGCACAGGCGGACGAAGUUCAUGAUGGAUGCCCAACAUUUGUGAUAACUGAGAACAUGCCGCGUCUAAAGAGGUUGUCCAUACACAAUCGGCGUGGACAACGUUUCAAUCUACGGGACGAUAUGGUAAAAUGCCAGUCAAGAAGCAUUCCAUACGGUGUCUAUAUUCCUACAACAUAGGCGGUCCUGGACUACAACACUUCGCGGGUGACAUGUCUCCCCCACGCUCUUUCGCCGCCAGCCGUUUCAGAUUGCAAGCCAUGAGCCAUGAUCAGCCUUCGCUUAUCGAAUAUCUUCCGGACGACACUCGGACGGCCGCAAAUCUGACCAGGAAGCUUCUUGAGUCAGGUUGUGAGACAUCCAGAAUGACUAUGCAGGUAUUCUUGCCGACGGACAUGCUUGUUCCCGCGGUCUGCCGUCUUUCGCUAAGUAACUCCAGCUAAAGACGGUACUGCAUGGAGGACAAGGAGCCGGCUAUGCAGGUUCGAGUUCGAGGUCCAAACGCCAUGCAGGCCUCAGCUCAGCCCGCCUCAACCUCUGCAUCAUACUUAGCGAUAUGUUCCUGCAUUUAUCCACGCACCUGCAGGCGCGUUGUGUUAUUUCACUGGACACUGCCACAACGCUCAUGGAGAUGCAACAAAGUCUACAAAUCCUGGGCGUCACGGCCAUGCGGCUCUAGGUGCAGAUUUUGCUGUUUGGGCCGUCCCCUGAUACAGGUCCCUCCAGCAUCCGCGUUCUGAAAUAUCUUACCUCAUCCAUGUUCGGGCUGGCGGAGCGCCUGUCACGGCUGUCAGUCGUGUCACCGCUUGUGUCACCCGCGUGCUCGUGGCUCCUUUCAAUUGUCCCGUCUUUCUUUUUUCCUUCCAUCCAGCGAGGUAUGAGGGAGCAGUUCCGUACUUUUUACACUCAUUUCUACGUUGCAUAAUUGGAGAAUUAAUAUUCCCCCUAUAUUGGAUCCGGCCUCUGCUCACCAGCCAAAGAACGUCAAAAUCUGCAGAUGCUUCUCAUCUCCACAUUAUUAAUGCACGAGACUCCUACAGUCACUGACAGUGAUACAGCUCGACUGUGUUCGGAAUGGAAGGCCGAGGCCCGUUGGAACCGUUCUCGACGACGGUCAAGGGUGGAUGCAGUUGUCGUAACUCUUCUCCCAUGUCCAACCACAGUCGUUAGCACACAACACACUGUCGCAUUAUUUUGACAGCCGAUUCUCGCCUACGCACAAAGUUCAGGUAUUCGGCGACUAGCUGCCACGGAAUAUUUGACCACUUCGUCCAAGACCAUGUCAGCCCUACGACUUUCGGCAGCUUUGUACAGGGAGAAGAAUGGCAUCUUUUAACGGCAAUUGUUAACGACGCAGCCACACAGGAAAGCCAGCUGGAGCCGUCUCUUCCACUGCUGCAACUGUAAUGAACGCAGUCUGCAUGUUUCAUUCCCCCUAUGUCUUUUAACCAGUGAGAUAUUGAUAUACCCCUGUUUGCUGAACUGAAUAGUUCAGCGCAGUAUCCAGUGGUCAAUAUCUCAACAUCCCAGCGGAGCCGGCAAUGCUGGCACACUCGGCUGCGUGUCUCUCUUUCCCCGCUGCCUUUCACGUCAAACAGCAUGGGAUACCCUGGAACAUACGCAGACACCAGGUUCCUUUGACGUGGAGAAACGCCCGAGGACUCACGAUCAUCUGGAUCUUAUCUUACAGUAGUUUCAGCUGGCGAGAGUCGAUGCCGGCAUGUGAAAUAUGCAGGUACAUGGCACCGGCGGCUAUGUUCCUGCUUUUCCUUCGACGGCAGUGUCACACGAACUCUCUGCUUCAUGCAGUCCACUGCAUAGGGGAUUUCUUGACAGCUGUCAAAAGUCUUUCCCCGACGUCUCGUCACCGCAACUUGCACCGGUGCAGGCAAAGAUGGUUGGCGUCCACGACAACCACGUUGUCCCGAGUUGAUUGACGUCGCCGACUUCAACCCAAUGACACUCGCAUCCGUCGAGCCCAACAAGCACUGUGAAACGUGUGACAGCUCCUUCUGCAUUGCUCUGGCCGCUGGCUAUGAGUAUUGCGGCAGCUAUUAUUAUCGCUGUCGCAUUGUGUUUCAAAUCGUGUGAGCGGCAUUGUGAAGGCACACAACAUCUCGGGAUGGAUCUUCGAUACGUCCAACAACCAUGCGACAAGCUGCACGGUUUUACCCUUGUACCCUAACAGCCACCCCGAGAAGCUAUCCUGGAAGAAAUUGGGCAGCACAUAUUCAUGCAGUGCACCCGCCAGUAUGAUUACCGGUGUGUUGGCAAUUUCAAGGAAUUCUGAGUCCACAAUGGCCGGUCUCCGAGACACAACUCCCUCGACCAUUUUGCAGUAAUUCAUCCUCUGCUCAGCAAUUGGCCAGAACAUGCCGGGUCCUCUCCUGACAAGACCAGAUUUACCCUCCAACAGAGGAGUGAAACCAAGCCUAUGAUUGUGAGCCCGGAUUGCUCAACCGAAGAGCAUCCUAUUCCCCAUCUCAAUGACUUUUGCCUCACCUUCGCUCAUGCCAUCUUUGAUCUCCCACUUCCUCCUACCCAGUCCCAUUGCUCUUUUUCCCUCGUCAUUGAUAUGGUUCCAAUCGACUGCUCCCACAAAUCCAAGCUCUCCGUCACCUCCCGCGCCUGGGAAGUCUGGCGGUGGGCUGUACCUCAGAGCAGCCAUGCGCUGUCUGUUCAGAAACUCAAGGUUCGACUUGGUCAUGGCACAGGCGGGGAUGUACAGGACGCUGCUGUCACCUUUGCCAUGAUGCUCUUUAUCGACUGAAUGAAUGGUAUCGCAGUGCCAGGCGACAUAGUCUCCCGGCUCAACAUGUGGCAUACUCACCAUAGUCGUCUCCAGUUCAAGGUCAGGGUGUGUUUCCGGGUUGUACUCCUGACACGCUCCUGGGACUGAGUUCGGAAACGUAGCAUCCAAUUGCAGCUUGCCGGAUUUGACAUCGAAGAAAGGCCUCAGAAUCAGGUAAGCUGUUGCGUGUCGAACUAACGGACAACCUUUCAAGGUUCCUUCGCCGGGUCCUGUUGAGGACAUGGACAGCCAGCCCUGAAACAAUCGGAACAUACUGCAAGCACCUGCGCCGUUGUACAGAUCCAUGCGGGCGGCGAUCCGGUGGCGGGCAUCAAAUGGGUCGUAGUCUUCCCAUCGGCCUUGCAGAAUGGACUGGUAGACCCGCGAGUAUUCCGGGUCUUCCCACCUUUCGACGCUGCCUCCAUCUGUGUGCGGGCCCAGAGCGAACUUUGCGUCUCCUGGCUGACGGAUACGGAAUCGGUCAGCAUAUGUGAGAGGAUAAGUUGUCGAGAUUUCCGACCUCGGGUCGGACGAGUGCCAAAAGGACGCAAGAAAUGUUUGCGUCUUGAGCACAUUGGGAUGAGCCCGUGCCCGGACUUGUACCGGCGUCCAGUACAGCUCAUACACCGCUGGGUCGUCGGGAGGGAAUGCCUUGACUUUUGACCUGUUUGCAGCGAUGUAUUCCCUUGCCUGUUGUUUCAGGUCUAGGGCUUCCCGCUGAGGCAGAACGUUUCGAAUCACCGCCGUACCCCGAUGGCGUAGAGCGUCGAGUUUCUCCUUCGGAACUGUGCCUGCCACCACAUCUCGAUACUCAAUGCUGGGUAUGAUCUAAUGAGAGUACCAUUUAGCAGAGCGCAACACUAAUGAAAGAGAGCGACCUACAUCACUCCCUUCGGACCUGAUCUCCUCGAUCUCUCUUUUCAGGCUACUCAGAAGCCGAUGCCACGAGUCGGUCAGGGCUUCUUCAUUGCCUCUGAUCAAUGACUUCUUCAACUCUGCAAAGCGUGGCGGGAGGGGAUCAGGCUUCUUGCCAGAUAAUGAGGGGAAAACUGAGCUAAUAUCACCGGCCUCUUUGGUGAGGGUUGAGGCAGCCCGACGGCCUACUGACAACAGAUGACUCUUCAUUUGGAAGGACCAGGCAGAUUAUUUGCGGAUGAGCAAACAACUCAGCUGGCUGCCCUCGUGUGCUGCUCAUAUAUACUCAACGGUUCCGCAGUGGCAUCCGGAUACGUUGCUGUUUUGGUACUAGUCUGCAUACUUCGGAUUAUCAUUGAUCCGCCAGACCUCAGCGUUCCGAUCGUCAUCUCAGCGGGAUACCGCUUUCAGCUACUACCUACCCCAGGAAAAGUGUCCCACAGCAGAACCCCAGUUAACCUCGGGCCACCUGCCGGCGAACCCAUCGGCAAGGCGGGGAUCAGCUGUAGGUUGUCCAGGAGAUAGACGACAGCUGGAGUGUAUUGGACUCGGAAAAUGCAGAGUCAGCCGGAGUCCGGCGUCCGGGUAGGAAGAAUAGUGCUAAGACAGCAGGUAGGAUCUGGGAUAUAACCAUCUGUGAGUCCCUGGAGAACACCACGCUCGGUUGUUCUCUACUGGAUCAGUUCCUUUUUAAACCCAUAAAAUAUGGCGCAACAGAUUCAAGGCAAGACGGCCAUUGUCACAGGUGCAGGUUCAGGCAUCAACCUUGAGUUUGCUCGUCUGCUGUUACAGCAUGGGGCAAACGUCCUCUUUGCAGACCUGGCUUUGCGUCCCGAAGCGCAAGAGUUAGUGAAUCAGUACCAAACCACGCCAAACAAGGCGAUCUUCAAGAGGACGGAUGUGACCUCAUGGCCGGAUCUGAACGACAUGUUCAAGGCAGCCGAGCAGUCCUUUGGAUCCAUCGACAUUGUCUGUCCCGGUGCCGGAGUGUUCGAGCCGCCCUGGAGUAACUUCUGGUAUCCGCCGGGCUCGAAGGAGUCUGUCGACGAUCCCUUGGGCGGACGAUACAAGCUGCUAGACAUCAACUUGACACACCCGAUUCGAGUCACACAGAUGGCCAUCUCCCAUUUCCUGGCAGCCUCUCCUCCGUCAAGCCCCACGAAUCCCAAAUCCAUCGUGCACAUCGCAAGCAUUGCAGGCCAGACGGCAUCGCUCCCUGUGCCAAUGUACCAUGCGUCCAAGCACGGUGUUCAGGCUCUGGUUCGGUCACUUGCCACUCUGGAGCAGUCUCACGGCAUUCGCGUCACGGCCGUGGAGCCCGGAGUGGUCAAAACGCCGCUGUGGACGGAAAAUCCGCAUAAACUGCAGAUUGUCAAGCAGGAGGGCGAGGCACGCGACGAGUGGGUAACGCCUGAAGAAGUCGCUCAGGUCAUGCUGGCCUGUGUCAAGGGUAAUGAGAUUGAUAGUGUGCCCGGCCGAGCAGCAACUCAGGAAGGCAAUGCCCACCACCAGCAGGAUGUGGAAAAGAUUCCCAUCAAGGGAGGAUCCUGUUUGGAAGUGCUGGCGGGCACGGUUAGAGAUGUGCCUUUGUUCGGUAACAUUGGCCCCUAUGCGACAGGGAGGCCCGGGGCAACUGUGAGUGACUCGGAUAAGCUGAUUGACGAGGUGAUGGGACUUUUGAAGCCUGGAUGGGGCCAAUUUUAAGAAGUUGCCUUAUAUGACGUGCAUUCUCAUGAAUAACAAGCCCGUCAUCAACUUGUAUACAUCUUACCGUCGUGAGUGGUGCCCGAAUAGCCGAGUCCAAGUUUUGUAUCGUGAUGGAAGCGGUCACGGCUCUCCACGUGACUGAAUGCUUAGUAAUCCUCCUGAUGCGGAAUCCGACCACGAAGCCGAC